UUGUCCUCAUCCUCGCAGCAAUUUCACGUGCUGACAUGAAUGGAGGAAUGAAGACAAAGCGAGCCUAUGGUUUGGGAUACGGAUACGGAGCCUACGCCCACGCACCAGUUUACGCAGCUCACGCACCUGUAAUUGCAGCACAUGCACCUGUAGUCGCUGCACAUGCACCUGUUGUUCAUCACGCGGUAGCUGCAGCUCCAGUAGCUUAUCAUGCUCCUGUUGCUAAAUACGCCGCUACAUCCUAUGUUGCUUCGUCAAUCAACCACACUCCCCUCCUUGCAGCCGCCCAUGCACCCGUGAUUACUCAUGCCGCUCCCGUUGUUGCUCACGCAGCCCCUGUUGUUGCUCAUGCAGCUCCCGUAGUUGCCCACACGUCCAUUUACCAUCACGAUCCGUACCUCCCAGCUCUCCAUAAUCCCCUUCCGUAUUACUACCAUCGUCGCUAAAUAAUUAAUCUCACCCUAAAGAGACUUCCAGCGCGCAUCUUGAGGAACAUGCAACAUCUGGUGAACUGAGAAAGUGUCUUCUCUAAUAUCUAUCCUAUUUUCCUUGACAACAUUUACUCCCCACUCGUGUCAUUAAUUUUAUAUUAAGUCUGUACAAGUUAAUGAAGAAAUAAAUACAAGUGGAUGCCAUUAAG